AUGUCCUUCUCCUCUCAUCCUCACCCUCACCCUCAUCGACGUCGCUCCUCCAUCGCCAUUGACACCGACGCCACCCUCACCGAGCCCUUCCCCGACUUCUCCCCCUCCGUCGUCACCUCCCCCGAGUUUGGACGAGAGGGCGCAUCCACCAGCGCGUUUGUCCAGUCCUCGUUCUCGGCAGUCGCCUCUGCACAAGUGGCCGGCGACAGCAACAGCACCGAGAUCGAGAUGGAGCCUAUUCUAGGACACAGGAGGCGGAAGAGCAGCGCCCUCAACAACGCUCCCCAAGCCGCACCGGCGAGGCCAGCUGCUGCCGGCGCUGGUGGCAGAAAACACCUUUCGGCGGGUUUGCCUGACCGCUCAGACUUGUUGGAGGAAAACGGCGGGAGCAGCAGCACAUCGACCAACUCUGUAAACGACGACGAAGGCCACGGGAGGCCCAGCUUUAGCGAUGAGGAUCUACACAGCGACGAGGAGACGGGACUGAGCAACAAGGAGCGUGCCCGGAGGCAGAAGAAGCGCCGGAGAAUAACACAGCUGGGACAGCGCAUCGCGCGUGACAAGUCGUUGUCGGAAGAAGAGCGCCAGGAAGCAGACAAGGACGUGGUCAAGAAGCUGCUGGUCAAUGUUGUUUUGAUUCUGCUGUGGUACUUCUUUUCACUAUCCAUCUCACUGUACAACAAGUGGAUGUUUGACGAAGAUCGCCUCAACUUUGCAUUCCCACUAUUCACAACGUCGAUGCACAUGGUGGUGCAAUUUAUCCUCUCCGGCCUCGUCCUCUUCUUCAUUCCGUCAUUACGACCACAGAAAUCCCACACAUCCGACAUGGGCAGAUCCCGGCACGAGACGGAGACAAGCUCGACCAUGUCCAAGAUGUUUUAUCUGACAAGGGUUGGACCUUGUGGUGCUGCCACUGGUCUCGACAUUGGCUUGGGAAACACUUCACUCAAGUUUAUCAGUUUGACAUUUUAUACCAUGUGCAAAUCCUCCUCUCUCGCAUUCGUUCUCCUAUUCGCCUUCGCCUUCGGCCUCGAAAAGCCCACCUGGCGCCUCGUCGCCAUUAUUGCAACCAUGACAAUGGGCGUCAUUCUCAUGGUGUUUGGUGAAGUCGAGUUCAAGCUCGGUGGCUUCGCUCUCGUCAUCUCCGCAGCCUUCUUCUCCGGCUUCCGCUGGGGCCUCACCCAGAUUCUGCUUCUCCGCAACCCCGCGACGUCGAACCCCUUUUCCAGCAUCUUCUUCCUUACGCCAGUCAUGUUCAUCACUCUGUUUUCCAUUGCAAUCCCCGUUGAGGGCUUCGUUCCCCUCUGGGAAGGAUUAAAGACUCUCAGUGCCGAAUGGGGCACCUUCAUGACGCCCCUGUUUCUUUUGUUCCCGGGCUGCAUUGCCUUUUGUAUGACGGCAUCCGAGUUCGCCUUGCUGCAGCGUACAUCCGUCGUCACCCUCUCCAUUGCCGGCAUCUUCAAGGAGGUCGUCACCAUCUCGGCCGCCUCCGUCGUGUUCAAGGACAAGCUCACCCUCAUCAACUUCAUCGGCCUCAUCACUACCAUGCUGGCCAUCAUCGCAUACAACUACGUCAAGAUUAGCAAGAUGCGCGAGGAGGCCCAGGUCCAAGUCCACGUUCGCGUCACCGACGUCGACGCCGGCAUGAGCACCAGCGCUAGCGACUUUGAAAACGACGACAGCGCCGAAGAGACGGCGGGUCUCCUUGCGCAGAACAUGGAGAGGGGCGACGCCCUCGUCACGUCUGACGGAGACAUUCAGCCCAAUGGUGUGCGAACCUCACACCAAAGAGAUGCGUCGAGAGAUCGCCUGCUAAGAAGGGACGACUAA